AUGUCCAGCCUCUUCUCCUCCGGAUCGCUUAGCCCGCUUUCCUCAGCCGAAAUGUCCUAUAACCACACUGACGGCAAGGCCAUUCUCGACGAAAUAGCCCUGUGCAAGCACAUAUUCAACCAGCUCCAAUCGUGCACAGACACACUCGAGUCUGUCACUAAAACACGUCUCCGUUUCUUGGCACAAUCCGAGUAUCUGACCUUGGAAACACGCGCUCGAGUCAAGGAUUUUCUUCGUCUCACCGAGAAUCUUAUGGAAGAAGCACCUUUCGAGAGCAUAAUGCGAGACUAUCAGAAAAGGCUGAACGACCCCAUUGAGGCCGCGAUAGAAGCAAUGAAGCUGGAGAGACAGAAUUCGCCAGGGAGCACGAAGAGAAAAUCCGAGGGCUCAUCUUCCCGAGCGUACAAGAAAUUGAAGGAGCUGUAA